AUGCACCAUGUAGCUAUUCUGACAGGCUUUCUCCGGGGGACGCUGGUUUUUGCACUGCCCUUUGCCACUGCAGUCACAGAAGAUCUUAUUAGGCGGAACGCUGAGCACAACGAGUGUGUGAUCUUUUCCCUGGAGGAACUGUCCUUGCAUCAGCAAGAAAUAGAAAGGCUGGAGCAUAUUGACAGAUGGUGCCGGGAUCUAAAGAUCCUCUACCUUCAAAACAAUCUCAUUGGGAAGAUUGAAAAUGUGAGCAAACUCAAGAAACUUGAAUAUUUGAAUUUAGCUUUAAACAACAUUGAAAAAAUUGAAAAUCUGGAAGGAUGUGAGGGGCUGACAAAACUUGACUUGACUGUAAAUUUCAUCGGAGAGCUGAGCAGCAUUCAAACCCUUCAGUGCAACAUCCACCUGAAGGAGCUCUUCCUCAUGGGGAACCCGUGUGCUGACUUUGACGGCUACCGGCAGUAUGUGGUGGCCACUCUCCGACAAUUAAAGUGGUUGGAUGGAAAAGAAAUAGAGCGUUCGGAAAGGAUCCAGGCAUUGCAGAACUUUCCAGUGGUUGAAGGACAAAUCAGAGAGCAGGAGCGAGCUUACUGCCUCAAACGAGCCAAAGACAAGAAAGAGGCUCAGAGGAAACUUCAAGAAGAGCAUGAACACAAAGAGAAGGAAAGCCACCCAGGCUUGGACGGGCGCUGGGACGCAGACAUCGGCCCGACUCCCCUGUCUUCUGUAGAGAGUGAAGACCACCAACUCCAGGCAUCAGAAAUACAAGAAGGGGAAACUAAUAAAAAGAAAUUAGACGACAGCAAAGAUGACCUGGAAUUCUGGAAUAAGCCAUCUUUGUUUACUCCUGAGUCUAGAUUGGAAACUCUUAGACAUAUGGAAAAACAACGAAAAGACCAAGAACAGUUAAGCGAGAAGAAGAAAGUGAAACCACCCAGGACGCUGAUCACUGGAGACGGGAGAGCUCUGAACGUGAAUGAGCCCAAACUUGACUUUUCUUUGAAAGACGAUGAAAAGCGCAACCAGAUCAUCCUGGACCUGGCGGUGUACAGGUAUAUGGAUACCUCUUUAAUCAAUGUUGAUGUGCAGCCAACUUACGUGCGAGUAAUGGUCAAGGGGAAGCCCUUCCAGCUUGUCCUCCCUGCAGAAGUCAAACCUGACAGCAGCUCCGCUAAAAGAUCUCAGACGACAGGGCAUCUGGUAGUCUGCAUGCCCAAGGUGGGAGAAGUAAUCACAGGUGGCCCGAGAGCAUCCAAGUCUGCGGCAAGUACCUUGGACAGCAGCCGGGAGCGGACAGACCAAAGAAGCAAGCAAACUGAGAAACUAGAAGUGGAUCCCAGCAAGCACUCAUUCCCUGAUGUGGCUAACAUAGUUCAAGGGAAAGAACACAUGCCCAGAAGAGUCCGACCUGAACCCAAAGUUAUGCCAAGUGAGGAAGAUCCAGACUUUGAAGAUAACCCUGAAGUACCCCCGUUGAUCUGACAUGUUAGGCGGCAUUGACUGUGACACCCCGGACCCAGUUUUGCUCAGUGUGGAGAGAGUAUGCAUCCUGCUUAUGGGAUGAACACAGUUAUUUAU